UCGAUUCCUCGUCCACCUGUCAGCGGUUGCGACACGCGGCGCUGACCAGCCAACGUGGAAGGUGUCACAGACGAGUCGUUGGGGUUUCCCUCCUCACUGGUCCUUGUCCAACGCAUUCUCUAGCAGACCGACGCCAGUCCCCAGUUGGACUGGACUGGAAACCCAGUGCAAGCCUUGCGCCACAAAACAUGUCGUCCUCCGACGCAUGCCGUGAGUGCUGCCGGCGCGAACUAAUCGCCGACCACAGCUGGCGCGAGGAACUUUGGAGCAAAGCGCGCAAAUCACACACAUAUAUACUCCGGCACAAGGGCUUUCUAUUCAUCGGGGCACACAUGCUCCUGAACGCGAUCUCGGCAGCUGCAUUUAGCCGCAUCGUGAAUGCCGGCUCUGUUGCAAGGGUCUGUUGGGUGCUGUGACACAACUUGUGUGAUGUCCAUUCAUGCGGAGAAUAAUCCGUCCCUGGGCGCUCACGAGCCCUGACAGGGAAGCGUACUCGACCCUGGGCCACGAGUAAAUCAUCCCGUCAGCAUCUACUUUGUAACAACGCGAGUUCGAGAAAUUAGGAGUCUUCUUGGGCCGCCAGUGGUUUUCGUAGGACGUCUGGACGGGGGUACAGGGGUACAGCACCCAGAUGCGCCUCUUAAGAACUUUAGAUACGCGGUAGCAGUCGGCAUCGCCUCUGUGUGUGUCAACAUGCUUGUG